AUGAGCGCAUUGGUUCUUUUCUUUGCAAUAUCAACAGCUGAUUUAUUAUGCCAACCCACUUCGAGUCAAUGUUCGACAGGUUUUAAAGUAUUGUAUGGCGAAGGUCCAAUCAAACAAUGCGAUGUCAUAUAUAUUUCUUAUACUUUUAACAUGAAGUAUGCAUGUUCAUUGCAAUUUGAAAGCCUUCCGUUUUUUGAAAUAGAUGGAAAUUACGAUUUAAGUGUUGAUAAGAACAUCAUGUUUAAUAACGGCAUUUCGUUUUUAAUUGAUUCGAAUACAACACUGAGAGGAGUGUCACAAUUUUUUAGUGUUCCAAUUUCACUUUCAGAAGGAUCAUCCGUAGAAAUAUAUAACGAUUUUGCAAUGGAAGAUAUUACGUUUGGUGUGGGUACAAUAACAGUGACUGGGAAUCUGAGAAUAUCAAAUAACAUGAAAAUAGAUAAUGGAGGGGUUUUAAAUGUCAAUGGAAAUGUAAUACUUGAAAAUAAUGCAAUUUUUGAAUGUGAAAAUUGUAUAAUAAAAUGCACAAAUUUUUAUAUGAAAAAGAACACGACUUUCACAUCAAACAAAAAGAGUGUGGUACAAGCAAAAAAGAUAAUUGCAGAAGAAAAAUCUCAGAUGACAUUUUUGUCGACUUCACUGCAAUUUGAAAAAUUGGAAAUUUACAAAAAGUCAUAUUUAAAUUUCUACGACGUCGAAAACUUGAACGGAAAUAUUCAAUGUAUUUUAAUAGCUUCAGAGUCAAAUUUGAUAUUUACAAAUAAAAAUUCGUUUAACGAGUUAAGUUUGACAGUUAAAGAAGGUAGUAAUAUCAUUUUUGAUGGUAUUAGUACAUUAAAUUAUUUGUAUGUAAAUGACUCCAAUGUGACACUUUCAUGUGAAAACAGUUUGACUGUUAAUAAUUUCAUGAUAAGUGGCAAUUCGUUGAUAUCAAUUUAUAACAAUAACGCAUUGAACACAAAAACAAUACAAAUCAAACAGAAUUCUUCAUUCAAAAUCGACUCAAUCGACACUAAUAUAGUGUUUGACACUUUCAAUAUAAAUGAUGAUUCAAAAAUGGUUAUUUACAAUUCACACAAUUAUGAUCAAUACAAUGAAACAGUCAUGUUAAAAGGACAAAUUCAGUUUUUUGGAUCUUCUAUUUUUGAUGUUCAGAAAUAUUCGUCAGUGACUUUGCUUGGCAAACUAAAAUUUUCUGGGUCGUCUUCGUAUACAAUGGCGGGGUGUCUGCAAUCGAAUAAUAACCACUUGGAGAAUGAUAAUACUAUUAUGUUUGUUGACAAUUCAACACUUCUCCUAUAUGUAAACGCAACUAUUAAAAUGGUCAAUUCUAUUGUCUUCUUAGACUCCGUGAAAAUAUUUUUUAACAACAACGUUUACAUUGAAACCAACACGUUUUACUGUUACAUUUCAUCAAAAGUGUAUUUUGAAAAUGACUCCCACGUUGAGUUGUAUAGCAGACUCUCCUUCUUUAACGUGUCAUCAACGCAUUAUUUAAACAACAUCACCAUGUUUAUCGAUUUUCCCAAAUACAUCCAGAUGACUUCUCUUCAUAUUGUUUGUUAUCAUUUCGAGAUGACUCCACUGUUGAAUAUAGUUCGAGUGUCUUUCUUCAUGUCAAUUCGUGUGUCGAAUUUUUCAAUAGCACCACUGCAAUAUUUCCAAUUGGUUCACAUUUUGAAAUUCAGAAUGGGAUUUAUUUCUUCGAUUCGAACUCAGCUUCAAAACUCAAUGUCAGCAUUGAGAGCGGGGCUGUAUUUUAUUUAUAUGGUAAACAGUACAUCCCAAGUAAUUGCAUGGAUUUUUAUCAUACCGAUAAUGAUAUACGCAGGUGUUGGGGGUUUUAUAUUGGGAAGUAUGCUACAAUGCAUAUAUACAACGCCACUGUUUAUAAAAAUCCAAUUUUCACGCUGUUGA